AGACAAGCGGUAAUGACAUUUGAAGUAUACUUAUAACCAGCCUACCACCUCGGCACGAGUGAGAGUGGCGUUACAUUAAGGUCGUGUCUCACCCAGCGAUUUGGAUUUUACGUCGACCUGACAUCAGGGUAUACAACAAUGCCGCCUUCAAAUGAGAAAAUGUGGAGUACCAAUUACAUGGACACCUAUAACAAACGGAAGCCAGCCAGAAAGUCCUACAAAUACAGGAAACCACUUGUGGUGCCUAAGGAAACGGCGAUAGAUACGUCGUAUCUCGAUCAACGGCCGAAGACAAGUCAUGAACAAUAUAAAGUCAGCGCUGCCGAUCAACAGGAGGCAAUCAACGCCUACUUCGCCAAAAUGUCUCUACAGGACGCUGGCUUACCAUCCUCCUCAAUCCCGCAAUUUCUGGACCCGUCUGGGGAAUGGUCCAACGAUCCCAAUUUCAUGGAUCCGUCCCAUCAUUACAUGUACAAUAUCCUAAACGCGGCUGACUCUCUUCAUGCUAGGACUGAACAACUGCAGAACCAGAAACAGAACCAAGAUACUAGUGAACUUGUCGAAAACAUUCGUUCAGGCGCCACUCCGGUACCCAAUCCACCCAAGGAAGCACGCUCCAAAACCCCCGACCCCAGACAAGAGCAUCACUGGAUCUGUUGGCCAGAACCCGAAACCAAAUCCACCUCCAAGGAAAAAGUGCCUCAUCCCCCUCACCCACGUCCAAACACAUCCCUUGGGAUCAGUUGGCCCAAUCCCAGACCAGGACAUAACACAGACGAUAUAGAAGACCGACCGAAUUCUACUGAACCAGGUUAUGUGUUCGGAGACCAAGAGGAAAUAACUCGUGGACCUCCUAUGACCUUUGUUCCUGAACUACAAUCGUGGAUUAACGCUGCUAGUGAUUACGAUAAAGCCUUUAUAUAUCGAAUGAUGGCAUUGAACGGCUCCCUUCCGAUGAUCCCUCCCCAACACAUGCGCCCAAGACGCGAGACUACUUACACGUUCGGUCAAACCAAACUACCAAUGUCAACGCAAACAUACAUGCCAAACCCCUACGCACAGAGAUGGGUACCGGGUGGCGGUAAUAUGUCACCAAGGGCUCUGCCAUCAUUGCCACAAAUGCAUCGUAGUUACUCGGACCUAGACGACUUUAGCGCCGCCAGACGUUACCUGCGUCAACCAGUAUCCAAAUCACAAGAUUACGUGCACGAGCACAGCAUGUUUAUGACAACCCAGCCCCUGUGUCGCGGUCACUUUAUCAUCCACCCAGACUGGGUGUCAGAACGACUACCAAAGAGGAAGACGACUCCAUUUAAGAAAAACAGACAAAGCAUGAGAUACGGAUCUAUGAACUAGACAAAUCUAUGACACAGCCAAUAUAGACUAUUUCAUAUAUAAUUUAUUUAUUGGUCUUUAAACAAACCGCUCAAGAGGUUUCUUACUGGUGUUUGCUCAAAAAUAUAAUCAGCACCAUAUACCACUGUCUCGUCGGUGUGGCUAGAUAUAUAUAUAUAUAUUUGUUUAUGAUAACAAAUUAAUUUUCUAUUUAGAAUUACUUUACCACGCAUUAUUAUUAAAGUUGACAUUAAAGAUGCGAUAUGUUGCACGUUGUAACGUGGCAGAUUUGACAUAAUUUACAAUGUUUUAACAUACUACAGUUGAUAUGGCGAGUUCCUUCGUAAUUCUGCAAGUUUAUGUACCAAUAUAUACAAUGGAAAUCGAUGUUCAUAAACUCAUUAACGAUAAUUAAAGCAUUCAUCGAGUAAGCAUUUCUGUUACUAUUAGUCAACCGAGAAACGAGGAAAAAAUCAAAAUAAAUUACAUCUAUUUCAUAAUGAAAAAGCAGGCCAUAAUUUUCUAUUUUACAUUAAGUAUCAAUAUGUUUGCCUUUUAGUUUUUAUUAAGAAGUAAUAUAUUCAUAUAAAAAAUAUAGGUGCGUUUAAACGCAUAUCAAAGAUAUUUAGCUUUGCUAGCGAAAUAUUUAUAGACAUUUCGCUCUUAGAUUAGUUUAAUUUAUAAUAAAGUCGUAUGGACUUUAAGCAUAUUCCGUCCACUUAUAUAACGUCGUACUUGAGAUGUGGAUUAGACUCCAAUGUAUCUGUGAUAGUUAUUUUAUAUGUAUGAUACCAUGUUUUACCCAGAUCCUUUAGAAUAAUAUAUUCGCUUAGAAAUAAUUCCGAAAUGGAUUCCAGUUAAGGUAUUGGAAAAAAAAUACUUUCACAGCUCUGCCUCUCCGAUACCCAUGACUACAUAGUAGCUAAUGUUGAGUAGACACCAUUUUGGAUGAGAAAACAUCACUAGGAUUAAGUAUAGAUUUUAUGAUUCAAGAUCAUUUUACAUGAAUAUUUAUUGUGUCCAUAUUAACAAAAUUCAUCACACUUUAUGAUUUGCUUGCUAGUCGCAAUAAUGUAAAUAAUGAUUUCAAAAAUGUAUAUAAAUAAUAACUUUUCUUGUAUAUAUACAAAAUUAUAUAAUGCAUACGAUUUAUAGUAGUUCCAGUGUUUGUUGAAACUAGUUUUAUUUAAAUCAAUUUUCAUUAUCUCAAACUAUGUCGUUUCUUUUGUUAAGCUCUAGCAUUUCUAUCUUUUCUUAUAGUCUAACAUACUUUGAGAUAGUGACCUGAAUUAUUUGUGUAUAUAUAUAUUUUUUAUUAUGUUCUUAUGGUAGUUCUUAAACUAUUUUAAGUUGAAAGUAUGAAGGGUGACGUUUCAUUGGUCGUUUGCUAAUUACGGCAGACACAGAACACUUUACCAGUGGCAGUAUUAAGUUUGUACAGCAGAGUGAUUUCUGGGUGUGGUCUAAAUAUUCGUUCUUUAUUAUUAUAUCGCCAGUUAUCUCUGUCGCGUCACGUGACAACCUAUUAGUAUGCACGUGUGUAAAUAUCGUAGUAUGGUUAUGGACACGCAAAUCACUUACAGCUCUACACAGUUUUGUUUCCAGUAACGUUAAAGGACAUGUUUUAUUGUCGAUAUUCUAGUUUAUUAAACUGCAUAUAAAACAUCAAA